AUGCAUACGAAAUUGUAUUAUUUUUGCUGUAAGCUAGAUGUACCUAUGCAUCGUUUUCCAAAACCUGGCUAUUAUAACAAAGCUAGUUUUAAUAUGUGGUUGGCAGUAUUGUCUGAGGAAACGAAACUCAGAGGGACUUCAUAUAUAUUAAGAACUCAUCAAUAUAGAACUUUGGACAGUGAAAACUCUGAAACUGCAAGUUCCACUAAAAGAAUGGUUUCAACUGGAUCUUCGAUGAUGAAUAUUCAUACUGAAAUUUCACAUACUACUGAAGAAACUUUACCAAAGGCCUCUACUUCAAAGGAUGCAUAUCGAAUUAGAAAACAUUUUGAACCUCAACAACUAAGAGCUGGAAGUAAGAAGAAAGUCAACAGAAAAGUAACAUAG